GCUGGCUGUUACUAAAGUGACUAGAACUACUGUCAUCCACCAGAACAGCAGAUGGCGAUAGAAUGUUCAAGUAAUGCUAGAACUAGAAUAAGUAAACAGGAAGUACUGAACGCACCGGCCUGUGGUGAACACUUUUUCACGUGGUGGCUGCUAUGGGACCUGUUAAAUUAUCCUGAAGUCAUGACAGACGCUUUUAGUAGCAACAGUGAGCUGGUCAUACAGCGCUCUGUAGACGUAGCCUGCAUCAAAUCUGACCGUUCUGCUGGGGCCUGGGAGGAGACCUACCAAAUCAAGGAGACCUGCCAUUUCAUCACCACUAACCAGUUCAAAAAGGUUGCCUUGCAAUUUCCUGAUGAACUCUUGGUCGAGUCCGUUCCAAUAGCAACUGAAAUAGACAAGAAUACAGGAGCCAAAACCUACAUUUUGGGUGACACCUCAUAUGGCAGCUGUUGCGUUGAUGAGGUGGCAGCGGAGCAUGUGGGAGCGGACUGCAUAGUGCACUAUGGGAGGUCGUGUCUCAGCCCGUCCAGGAGACUUCCCCUCAUGUAUGUGUUUGGGAGGCAGCCUGUUGACCUGCAGCAGUGUGCCGAUGCCUUCAGGGAACUCUACCCUGACACCCAGAGUCAUGUGGUCAUCUUGUAUGAUGUCAUCUAUGCGCAUGCUAUCAAUGCACUGGAGCAGCUGUUGAGGCAGACACACCCCAAUGUCGUUGCCUCUACCCUGCUGAUGAACCACUGCCAUGGUCAUGGCCAGACACAGACACCCAGCCCAGCUUCAGAUGCAUCGGAGCCAAAGCAAGUGCCAGCUUGCAAUGGCACAGAACCACCAGCAGGGGGAGAACCAGUGGAGGACAGUAAGGAGGUGCAGAAGUUUGGCAGGUGGUUCUGCCUAAAGGAGGGUGUGAGUCUAGAUGACUACUGCAUGUUCUACGUAGGCCAGGAGGGCUCCACGCUCACCAACUUCAUGAUGACGUGGAACCGCAACCCCUUCAGCUCCUUUGACCCCCUCACGUCGACCGGUCGCGCCGAGUCGGUGAACGUCAACAAAGCCCUGAUGAAGCGCUACUACGCCAUCGAGCGGGCCAAGGACGCCAGCGUAGUGGGCAUCCUGGUUGGCACUCUGGGGGUGGCGAGCUACCUAGACAUCAUGAACCGGCUGAAGGAGAGUAUACGCAGGGCGGGCAAGAAGAGCUACAUGUUUGCCAUGGGCAAGCUGAACGUGGCCAAACUGGCCAACUUCCUGGAGAUAGACAUUUACGUGCUGGUGGCCUGUCCUGAGAACUCGCUGCUGGACUCUAGUGAGUUUUACCGGCCGGUGAUCACGCCGUUCGAGAUGGAGGUGGCCUGCAACAGAAACCGAGAGUGGACGGGAGUGUAUGUGACUGAUUUUAGAGAUCUCUUACCAGGUGGCUGUAGCCAUGUGGAUCUCCCCGAUGCAGAUGAGGAGGCUAUCACAGACGUGUCUCUCAUCACGGGGGCACUGCGAGCCACAGGUCUGCAGACCUCAGAGGACUCAGAGGCCGAGUCCCAGCCCUCCUCUCUGGUGCCCAGAAACCAAACCAUGACCGUGGCCACUGCCAACACAGCAGCGGCCUUCCUGUCGGGCCGGAGCUGGCAGGGCCUGGAGCCGAGGCUGGGGGAGACACCGGUGGUCAAGGCUGUGGAGGGACGCAGGGGCAUCGCCAUCGCAUACGAGGAGGAGGGAUAGUGCCCAUCGCCAUCGCACUCAAAGAGGAGAGAUAGAGCCAAUGCCAUUGCAUAAGAGGAAGAGGACUAAUACCCAUGCCAGGGGUAUACUCCAAGAACAUGGUUAAGUGGUAAACCCGGCUACGGUAACCUACAGGAAGUGCUAAACCUGCUAAUAGACGGCCCAUAGGUGUCAUUGAGUUAAGAGAAUGAGCACUCCACCCUGGCUCUUCUACUAGAUAAUUUUUACUAUCUUGAUGUGGUUUACUACUGAGCCAGGUUCUUUGAAUACUCCCCUGGGGUGCAUUUCUGGAAAGCAUAGUUGCUAACUUUGUUAGCUACUUUGUUGUUUGCAAUGCAAUUUCCCAUUGACAACUACCCAAGUUGCUAACUGGCUAGCAACUACGCUUUAGAGAAACACACCCCUGGUCAGGGCUAUGGCCAGCCACAGGGUAGAGGCAUUGCCAUGGCAUAGGAGGAGGUGGAACUGAAAAAUGAGAAAAGGUCGCACCGUGCAUAGGUUUCUUUAUUAUUACACAGACGCGUUUCGGCGUUCUGCCUUCCUCAGCACGCACCCUUUUCUCAUUUUUCAGUUUUACAAUAUUUUGGUCAGCACUCUUAAAAGAAGAUAAACUUGUUGGGUGAAGCCUGCUCCAACCUUUAUGAGCAUAUACAAGGAGGUGGACUCAUGGUCAUGCCAGUGCCAGGGUUGUAGGACACGACUACAGCCAGGGCCAUGGGACACAGCAGCCUUGGGACAGGGACAAUGCCAGCCAUUCAUGACUUUUCGUGGCCAUUCAACAACAGAACAACGCACGGCGGCCGCCCAAAAUGUUGGACCCUUAUUAUUACAACAAAAGGCAAGACUCUGGAAGAGCAUAUGUAAACUGUGGCGUGAAGUGCACAACAGUGGCAUUAUGUGGCCGGGACAAAGGGCCUGUUUAAAUGAUGCCCUUCGUGUGGGACUCCCUCCCGAGCUCCAUUCAGAAUCAGCGGAUUAAUUUGUCACUUUCUUUCCUGUUGACGUCAAUGUUAUUGUAUACAUCAGCCAAGAAAAAAAAAACGUCACGCAUCAUCAAAUCAUAAAGCAGUAUUCAGAAAGUGAUUUAAGCCAUUGUUUAAAUGUAAAAUAUUACGUUUAAUUAUUCAAAGGUUUGCUUUGGUCUGUGAAAAAUGUUUGCUAUAACUACAAUAAAUUAUCUCUUACAAAUUCC